CAUCCUACGUAGAAAUACGCCCUCUCUCCGCUUCGGCCUUUGCCUUAUGGACGGCGGAACUGUCGGUGGUGUGUUUUUCAUGAUUUAGAAGCGUGGAAUUUAUUGAAAAUUUUGCGCUGUAGGUCUUGAAACGUACAGUCGAGCGAUGGGUGACAUUAAGAACUUUCUUUAUGCCUGGUGCGGAAAACGAAAAGCCACUCCUAACUAUGAAAUCCGAGCAGCGGGAAAUAAAAACAGACCGAAGUUCCUUUGUGAGGUUCGAGUUGAUGGAUUCAAUUACACGGGUAUGGGAAACUCCACAAAUAAGAAGGAUGCACAGGCCAAUGCUGCCAGAGAUUUUGUCAACUAUCUUGUUCGUACAGGAGAAGUAAAAGCUAGUGAAGUCCCAGUUUUGGGGGCAGCUGUACCUGACAGCGAUGAUUCUAAUGACAGGUGUGGAGAUCUUCCACCCAAUGCACCUGCUCCACCUCACAUUGCAGUCAAAGAGGAGACUGAUUCAACAUCAUGUUCUAAGCCUGUUCCUGGUGUCACUGGUUUGGGUUACUCUGGAUUUGCCAAUUCAGACUGGGAUCGUGGAGCAAAUCUAAAGGAUUAUUAUUCCAAAAAGGAAGAGCAGGAAGCUCAAGCUACUCUUGAAUCUGAAGAAGUGGAUUUGAAUGCAGGCCUCCAUGGUAACUGGACUUUAGAAAAUGCAAAAGCUCGUCUAAACCAGUUUUUCCAGAAAGAGAAGAACCAGUCGGAAUAUAAGUACAGCCAAGUUGGACCGGACCACAACAGGAGUUUUAUAGCAGAAAUGUCAAUCUUUGUAAAGCAGCUGGGGCGAAAAAUCUUUGCCCGUGAGCAUGGCUCCAACAAGAAGCUUGCAGCUCAGUCCUGUGCACUGUCUCUUGUAAGACAACUCUACCAUUUAGGUGUUAUUGAGGCUUACACAGGACAGACAAAAAAGAAGGAAGGAGAACAGCUUGAAGCUUUUGAAGUAAAUGUGCCUGAUGAUUUGGAGCGACAAUUACAAUGUGUUGUACAGGAGUUAGGCAUACAGAUUCCACCUUGUCCUUACAGUGCAGAAAAUCCAGUUUCACUGGUACAUGGAAAGAUCGCCAGCUUUGAACCAUCUCAGAGACAGAGCAGAGAUGGAGUUGUUCCAUGGUCCCCUCCACAAGUUAAUUGGAACCCGUGGACCAGCUGCAACAUUGACGAAGGGCCUCUUGCCUUUUGUACCCCAGAACAAAUCAGUACAGAUCUUCAAAAUGAGUUGAUGUACCAACUUGAACACGAUAAAAAUUUACAGCUGAUUAUCCAGGAACGAGACCAGUUACCUGUUAAAAAAUUUGAACAAGAGAUUUUGGAAGCGAUUCGUAACAGCCCUGUCCUGAUUAUUAGAGGUGCCACUGGUUGUGGUAAAACGACGCAAGUUCCCCAGUAUAUUUUGGAUGAAUAUUUAAAAAAUGGGAAAGCUGCUGACUGUAACAUUGUUGUUACACAGCCUCGGAGAAUAAGUGCUGUAUCUGUAGCUGAGCGAGUCAGUUAUGAACGUGGUGAAGAUGUUGGAAAAAGCUGUGGCUAUAGUGUACGUUUCGAGUCUGUGCUUCCCAGGCCUCAUGCCAGUGUUAUGUUCUGUACGGUUGGUGUCUUGUUGCGAAAACUGGAGGCAGGUAUUCGUGGCAUUAGUCACGUAAUUGUUGAUGAAAUCCAUGAGCGGGAUUUAAAUACAGAUUUCCUUUUGGUGGUACUGAGGGACGUGGUGAAGGCUUUUCCAGAAGUUCGAAUUAUUUUAAUGUCUGCCACCAUUGACACUACAAUGUUUAGGGAAUAUUUCUUUAACUGCCCUGUAAUUGAGGUUUUUGGGCGUACAUUCCCAGUUCAAGAAUAUUUCCUUGAGGACUGCAUCCAGAUGACUCAAUUUGUUCCGCCGCCAUCUGACAGAAAGAGAAAGGAUAAGGAGGAAGAGGGUGGAGAAGAGGAGACUAACUGUAAUGUUAUAUGUGGGCCAGAAUAUGGACCAGAGACAAAGAGAGCAAUGGCCUCAAUGAAUGAAAAGGAGACUCCAUUUGAACUGAUUGAAGCCCUGCUGAAAUAUAUUCAGACCCUCAAUGUUCCUGGUGCAGUACUUGUAUUUUUGCCUGGAUGGAAUCUUAUUUAUUCUAUGCAGAGGCAUUUAGAAAUGAACCCACAUUUUGGUAGCAGUCGUUACAGAAUAUUACCUCUGCAUUCACAAAUUCCCAGAGAAGAUCAGCGUAAGGUUUUUGAUCCUGUACCCUCUGAUGUCACCAAGGUGAUUUUGUCUACAAAUAUUGCAGAAACCAGUAUCACCAUAAAUGAUGUUGUGUAUGUGAUUGACUCAUGCAAGCAAAAGGUUAAACUCUUUACAUCCCACAACAAUAUGACAAAUUAUGCUACUGUCUGGGCAUCAAAAACUAAUUUAGAGCAGCGUAGAGGCAGAGCUGGCAGAGUUCGACCUGGGUUUUGCUUCCAUCUGUGUAGUAGAGCUCGGUUUGAGAGGCUUGAAACGCAUAUGACUCCGGAAAUUUUCCGUACUCCACUCCAUGAAGUUGCAUUAAGUAUUAAGCUGCUUAGACUAGGUGGAAUUGGUCACUUUCUUUCAAAAGCAAUUGAGCCACCUCCUUUGGAUGCAGUGAUUGAAGCAGAACAUACUUUAAGAGAGCUAGAUGCCUUAGACCUCAAUGAUGAGCUUACUCCAUUGGGCAGAAUACUCGCAAAGCUCCCUAUUGAACCACGGCUGGGAAAAAUGAUGAUAAUGGGCUGUAUUUUCAAUGUUGGUGAUGCUGUUUGCACAAUAUCAGCUGCUACUUGUUUUCCUGAACCGUUUAUUAGUGAAGGAAAACGGCUGGGUUUUGUUCACAGAAAUUUUUCAGGGACUCGAUUCUCUGAUCAUGUAGCUUUGUUAUCCGUUUUUCAAGCCUGGGAUGAUGCUAGAAUGGCAGGUGAAGAGGGAGAAAUUCGCUUCUGUGAGCACAAAAAGCUUAACAUGGCAACUUUAAGAAUGACAUGGGAAGCUAAAGUUCAACUCAAGGAUAUCCUUGUUAAUUCUGGAUUUCCAGAAGAGUGCUUGCUGACACAGGUAUUCAGUAACACUGGUCCUGAUAACAAUCUAGAUGUGGUAAUUUCUCUCUUGGCAUUUGGAUUUUAUCCAAAUGUGUGUUAUCACAAAGAAAAAAGAAAAAUUCUUACCACAGAAGGCCGUAAUGCUUUAAUUCACAAGUCCUCCGUCAACUGUCCCUUCAGCAGUCAAGAUAUGAAGUAUCCUUCACCUUUUUUUGUAUUUGGUGAAAAGAUUAGGACACGUGCAAUAUCUGCAAAAGGAAUGACUUUAGUUAGUCCGCUCCAGCUCCUACUGUUUGCUUCAAAGAAAGUUGUUUCAGAAGGUCAAAUCAUUAUCCUUGAUGAAUGGAUCAAGCUUAAAAUGUCACACAGUGUUGCAGCUUAUAUUACUGCUUCAAAAGCAGGCAUAGAAGCACUUGUUGUUGAAGUAUCUAAAGAUCCAGAGUACAUAAGACAAAUGGACCCAGUGAAUGAACGCUUGCUGAAUGUUGUGCGUUAUAUUUCAAGACCAUCAGCAGCUGGUAUUAACUUAAUGGUGAACAAUGCAAGGUUUGGUGAUGGUCCUCGUCCUCCUAAAAUGCCAAGAUUUGAUGGAAAUGGUGGUUACAGAGGGCGAGGAGGAUACCAGGGCGGUGGUGGAUACAGAGGAGGAGGACGAGGAGGUGGCUAUGGUGGAGGCGGUGGUUAUGGUGGAAGAGGGUAUGGUGGCGGUGGUUAUGGUGGAGGAGGGGGAGGGGGAAGAGGCAGUUAUGGAGGAGGGGGAAGUGGUUAUGGUGGUGGAAGGGGAAGCUAUGGUGGAGGAGGGUACAAUAGAGGAGGAGGAGGAGGGGAAGGUGGUGGCUACAGAGGGGAGGAGGAGGAAGGUGGUGGCUACAGAGGAGGAGGAUUUCGAGGUGGUUAUGGAAAUAGAGGUGGGGGUUACUGAAGGACCCAAAGAAUAUCAAGAAAAUGUGCAUUCCUUCCUGAAUAUAGUUUUAACAAUAAAUUGAUUAGAGUCAAUUUCUGUAUUCUCAUAUUAAAUAUAUGGGAUGCAGCUUUCUGUCCGUGCAAUAUUCGUAUGCAUCCUUUUAAUUUUUUUUAUUUUCUUUUAAGUGUAAUACACAAUGAAAAUAA